CUGUCCACGCGCGCACGCAGAAAGUCACAACGCGCACCGCCGAACCCCCUCCCCCUUUUAUAUCCCGCUCUCCCUCCUCCCGACCACCGUUCCCCUCUCCACGCUGCUCGGCUCCCAACUCCGAAGAGGGAGGAGGACGCACGCGACCCGCUCCCGCACCGCUUCCGCCUCCGCGGAACUCGGCGCCACCAUGCUCUCCGCGCGCACCUCCGCGUCCCCAGCUUCCCUGUGGAAGCGGGUAGGUGGCGAGGGCGGGAGCUCUGACGGCUGCAGGAGCUGCAGGGAGGUGCGGAGGAGGGCCGCGGCGGUGAUGGUGCGGGCCGCGGCGCCCAGGCGGGUGGAGGCGGUUGCCAUGGGGUCCACCGCGGAGACCGAGAAGGAGGAGAUGGCGGCGGCCGGCUGCGGGGUCGAGGACCCCUACGGCGAGGACAGGGCCACGGAGGAGCAGCCGGUCACGCCCUGGGCCUUCUCGGUCGCGAGCGGUUACACCCUUUUGAGGGAUCCACACCACAACAAGGGUCUCGCCUUCACUGAGAAGGAGCGGGAUGCACACUACUUGCGUGGCUUGCUUCCUCCUGCAGUUGUGUCUCAGAAACUCCAAAUAAAGAAGAUUAUGCACAACCUGCGCCAGUACCAGCUCCCUUUGCAGCGCUAUAUGGCCAUGAUGGACCUUCAGGAGAGAAACGAGAGGCUUUUCUACAAGCUUUUAAUUGAUAAUGUGGAGGAGCUGCUCCCUGUGGUUUACACACCUACUGUGGGCGAGGCCUGCCAGAAGUAUGGGUGCAUCUUCAGACACCCACAGGGUCUGUAUGUCAGCCUGAGGGACAAGGGGAAGGUCUUAGAGGUUCUAAGGAACUGGCCCGAGAGGAACAUUCAAGUUAUUGUUGUUACUGAUGGUGAGCGAAUCUUGGGGCUUGGAGAUUUGGGUUGUCAGGGAAUGGGAAUUCCUGUAGGCAAACUUUCUCUCUACACUGCCCUUGGAGGAGUUCGUCCAUCAGCUUGCUUACCAAUUACAAUUGAUGUUGGUACAAACAAUGAACAAUUGCUUAAUGAUGAAUUCUACAUUGGUCUCCGGCAAAGACGUGCAACUGGCGAGGAAUACCAUGAGCUCAUGGAAGAGUUCAUGAAUGCUGUUAAGCAAAUCUAUGGUGAAAAAGUCCUCAUCCAGUUUGAGGACUUCGCCAAUCAUAAUGCAUUUGAUUUGCUUGCAAAAUAUAGCAAGAGCCAUCUUGUCUUCAAUGAUGAUAUCCAGGGCACAGCAUCAGUGGUCCUUGCAGGUUUGUUAUCAGCACUAAAGGUGGUUGGCGGAACCCUAGCAGAGCACACUUAUUUGUUCCUUGGUGCUGGAGAGGCUGGAACUGGCAUUGCAGAACUCAUUGCUCUAGAGAUUUCAAAACAGACAAAGGCUCCAAUUGAAGAGUGCCGCAAGAAGGUUUGGCUCGUGGACUCAAAGGGUCUGAUUGUUGACUCCCGAAAAGACUCCCUUCAGUCAUUCAAAAAACCUUGGGCACAUGAACAUGAGCCCUUGACUACGUUGUUAGAUGCUGUCCAGUCCAUCAAACCUACAGUCCUGAUUGGAACUUCAGGAGUUGGCAGGACUUUCACAAAAGAAGUUGUUGAGGCCAUGGCUUCCUUCAAUGAGAGGCCUAUCAUAUUUUCACUGUCAAAUCCAACAUCACAUUCUGAAUGUACUGCUGAAGAAGCAUAUAACUGGACCCAGGGUCGUGCAGUGUUUGCCAGUGGCAGUCCAUUUGACCCUGUGGAGUACAAUGGAAAGAUUCAUGUACCUGGCCAGUCAAACAAUGCUUACAUUUUCCCUGGAUUUGGUCUUGGAGUCGUCAUCUCUGGAGCCAUCCGUGUCCAUGAGGACAUGCUUAUUGCUGCCUCGGAAGCACUAGCUGAACAGGCCACCCAGGAGAACUUCGACAAGGGGUCCAUCUUCCCGCCCUUCACCAACAUCAGAAAGAUCUCUGCGCACAUUGCUGCUGCUGUGGCUGCAAAAGCCUAUGAGCUUGGUUUGGCGACUCGUCUGCCUCCCCCCAGAGACCUGGUGAAAUAUGCAGAGAGCUGCAUGUACACCCCCGUCUACCGCAACUACCGGUAGCGCUGGGGGAAUCAGUUUUGCAUCAAUAAAACCGAUUAACGCGGUACUGUGAUGUUUGUUGCCGCCGCCCUUGUUGAUGGUGUUGCUGGUAGACAUGGUACCUGUCUAUACAUAUAUGAUAUCUGUUGUAACAUUUAUGGAAGCAAACCAUCUUUUGUACCAAUGUUCGUUAUUCUUUCGCUCGAUUAUGGCGGACAGAUUUGAUAUCUGAACAGUCCGAUCGCUGUGCCGAGCC